GUUCAUAAUCAUAUCUCAGGAUGCGUCUGCUGAGAGGAAGGCCACUUGCGUCUUUGAGCUUGGGCAUACUGUGCUUGAGUCUAUUAAUAUUGGCACCACUGACUUCUGCAUCCAUAUUCACAGACAGUGUUCUGUCCUACUGCAAAUGCAUAUGCUUCACCAAUUCCACUAUCAUCCCUCUGUACCUCCCAGCGGAUCCUUCUAAACCUUGCUUGUCAUGUACAAAACAGUUUUGUUUGGACCAGAAGUUGGCGAUAUGCAAGGGUGCUUCCGCACCAGAGCUCGAUGAGGAUACCAUGACGGGGACCGAAGGAGACGUGGAAGCGAGAUGCUUCAAACGUGACUCCCCGCGAGACAAACUGAUCGUCACCUUUUUCAUCAUCAUCGUCUUUGGCAUGUUAGUCUUCGCUGGGAUCCGCGCAAGAUUACGCAAAGCGAUAGAUAAGCGAGGUAAACCAGCAGACCUGAGAGAAUGGAGCGAGGCCCUGAUGCCGGAGCCAUUACGACCCAUUACUGCCUCUUUCUUCGAUCGUGUACCUGGUCUGCCAGGUGACAGGCGGCGUGAAGGCGGAUACCCGGGUGAGAUGAGACAACAGAGUGGUCAGGGCUAUGCGCCAGUCAGCGUUGGCAGCUAGGCAGGGAGCCCGACAAUGGCGGGUUUCUGUGCCCGCCUAUAGUUUAUGUAUGGAUAGUCCAGGUGUCUUUACAUCUACACAGGCAAACUGUACUGGAGCGUCGGUAGCAGUCUCAUGAGUCGUCGAGGGCAUGAUAAUGUCUGAUCAUCAUGCAAGAUAGGAUUGCGGAGGCCCGACGCGGCGCUGGCCGCCGGUCUCGUAAAUUUCAAAGCUCGGAAGAUGCAGUCGAUCUCUUGAUGUAUCUGUAUGCAGAGUCUA